AUGGGCUUGAGAAGGGCCAUCAGACUCCGGUGGGUCUCCAUCACCAGCCGGGAGGAAACUCACAGGGAGGAGAAGGUUUCUGUGAACAACUUUGACUUUCUGAGUGAGAGGGUCCCUGAUGGAAUACACAUUGAUCUCAAGUUUCACAGAUAUAACCUCAUAUACUUUAGAGUCCCAUUUGUCCGCUACUUUCCUCUUUCCUCUCUCACCACGGUUUGCGAGCAAGACUCUGUCUCCAAUGGAGGCAUGAUGGUCCACGCCAGUGAGUUGUGGGAUGUCCGGACCAGCACCUCUGAUUUGGCUGACACCAUCGACGUGAGCACCCAACACAGCCUGAACAUCAUCAAAGGACAGCUGAGAGUCUUCAAUCUGGGAUAUGAGCCAUUUCAGAACAUUACUGCCCAAGAUCAAGUCAUCGGAUUGGCCUGGCACAACCAGAAUAGGGACUACAACUUUAAAACCAUGCACUGUCAGCGUGAGAUCGUACAGAGCUGUGGGUGA